CCAGAUGGCUUGCAUUUAUUCUGCUUAUAUAGUCGGUAAAAUAGGGUGAUUAACUAACAUUGCACGUUUGCGCUAAACGCCAGAACAUUUUCUUGAACCAAAUGUAAACUGAAGGUCAUUAAAGGGAUUAAGCCUUGGAGCGCGGGUGUUCAGAAGCCAUUUUAGUACCAGUUUAUAAACUCAAGUAUUCUCACGGGUGCUUUUGUGGGCAAAUAUCUCGGGAGGACUAGCUGCUGGUAUUUGUGGUGGUUUGGCUAUUUGUGGUGAGUAGGAACUCCGUUCUGCGUAAGGCAAUCCCUCAGAAGAUGGCUAAUAUAGGCCAGUAUCUGGGGCUUUUCUCCGCCCUGCUUGUGCUAGCAUUUGCCCAGAAGCCAACCCGAGAGCAGAUACCCGAUGACUGUCCGAUCUGUGAUUUAAAUCGCUGCCCUAAAGAGACGGAUCUUUCAACUUGCGAGGCCGGUCUUGUGAAAGACCGCUGUCACUGCUGCAAGGUUUGUGGAAGGAAAGCCGGGGAGCUGUGCGAUAUUUUUGGAGUCACCCGCCCAGAUAUCUACUUCGGUCACUGUGGGGAUAAUCUCAAAUGCGUUCUCCGAGACGACAUUUCUCCAGAUGCCCCCAAGGAGGCUAUCUGUAUGUGCAUGGAAGGCAACGAACACGUCUGUGGCUCUGACGGGGAGACCUACAAAACCAUGUGUGAUCUUUCUGCUGCUAAAAAGCAAACUGGCAAGGACAUCAAAGUGUUUAGGAAGGGACCUUGUAAGAGUGCCCCGAGAAUAGAUUCUCCCCCAAGCCACACUUUAGGCAAACUGCAUAAGAAUGUGGUGCUGGCGUGUGAGGUGUCUGGAUUCCCAGUGCCCACAGUGGAGUGGACUUGGAAAAGAGUGGACAACAAGACGUUCGUUUUACCCAGAAACGAUCAUAAGAUCUCGAUCAGUUCUCGUGGCGGGCCCGAGAAGUACCAGGUGACUGGAUGGGUGCAAAUCAUGGAGCUCGCCAAGCACCACGAGGGCGACUAUAGCUGCGUGGCACAGAAUAAAUACGGCGUGGUUCAGCAAGCCGCUAGAGUCAAAGUCGAUACUAAGGAUGAGGAAUUGUAAAAGAAAAAAAAUCAGAAAACAGUAAGAAGAGACUGAAUGAAUGGUAUUCUUUUAUCAGCUGAUAAGUUACAUCUUCUAGAAAGUUAGAAAAAGAUGUUAACCGUUUUGCUGGAUACGAGGCCUUUUUAACAUGGAGAUUGACGGUACCUUCGGCCAUUGGUGAUCAAUAAUAUCGGAAGCACUAUAAUUAUAGUAACUUGCUUCACGGAAACUAGUUACAAAUUAUCUUAAAUCCGAGGCUUGUCAUCAUGAAGUUGUUUUUUUAUCAAAAAUGUUUUGUAAUUUUUAUCCAUCUAAAAUACUUACAGUAACAUUUUACUUAGAUUCCAUCAAUUUUUAGCUCAACGUGUGUGUAGAACAUUAGUGCCUUUAGAUAUUGAAACAUUUAAAUAUGGUGAUUUAUAUAUGAUUAUGAGAUGACAUUUUUAAUUAUUAUAUAGUACUAUUUUAUUCAUAUUUUUAUCACAACAGUGAUUUACCAGACUAGCACUGCCAGCUGUAGUUAAUGGUUAUAAGCAUUGUUCGUAUUCGAAUGUAUUAGAAUUGCAAUGAAUAAAUAAAUUAACUCAGUUUUAAGGCUCGUGA